AUGGACGAGGUCUCUGCUCUGCCGCUGCUAGGGAAGCUGAAUCCCGCAACUCAGCGAGAGUUCAACAUCUUCCUCUUCCUCAUCAUCCAGGAUAAUCUCAUGUUGGUUGCCCGCUUGACUAAGGAUAUUGUUGAGAUAUAUCAAUUAUGCAACCCUCAGUUUUGUUAUUCAGAAGAAUUGAAUCUAAAGAGGUUCUUGACGUCACCAUCUGUUGGACUGAAUGAUGGUUGCGAUAAUGAAAACUCAGACCUGAUCCUGACCGUAAAUUAUUCCCUCGUUAACUCAAACUUAAAUCAAAGGUACGUUGUGAAGGAUGUUCUUGGCCAAGGCACCUUUGGGCAGGUUGCUAAAUGUUGGGUCGCAGAAAUGAACAGUUUUGUUGCUGUCAAGAUCAUAAAAAAUUUACCUGCUUUUUACCAGCAGGCACUUGUUGAAGUUUCUAUCCUAACAACAUUAAAUAAGAAGUUUGAUCCUGAGGAUAAGCACCACAUUGUCCGGAUUUAUGAUUAUUUUGUGUACCAGAAUCACCUGUGCAUCGUCUUUGAGCUGCUUGAUGUUAAUCUGUAUGAGCUUAUCAAGUUGAAUCAUUUUAGAGUGUCGUUGAGCAUUGUGCAGCUAUUCUCGAAACAGAUAUUGCGGGGUUUGGCUCUCAUGAAAGAUGCUGGCAUAAUUCAUUGUGAUCUAAAGCCAGAGAAUAUUCUGCUAUCUACAAGCGUGAAGCCAGCAGAAAUCAAAAUCAUAGACUUUGGAUCAGCUUGUAGAGAAGAUCGUACUGUUUACUUAUAUACAGAGUCGGUACUAUAGAUCACCAGAAGUUCUUCUUGGAUACCAGUACACUACAGCUAUUGACAUGUGGUCAUUUGGGUGCAUCGUUGCCGAGUUAUUUCUUGGGCUACCAUUGUUUCCAGGUGUUUCAGAGUUUGAUCUUCUGCGGAGAAUGAUUAAAAUUCUUGGGUAUG